CUCGCUAUCAAGCACCAGCAUCAAGCACCCCCGUCCGUGUCUCCCUGACUCCCUCCCUCUAGAAUUUUACAGUAUUCUACUCGCUGCCUGCGUUCCAAAACCUUUCGUCUUUUCCCCCGCCGUCUACAAAGACUUCACACUCGCAGCCGCAGGCUGCUCCGGCAGACUCCUACACCGGGAAGACUUCUCCUCUCCUCUCUCCUCUCUCCUCUCUCCCUUCCACUCGCGCUCUCCUGGAUACCGCGCGCGGCGACGAGAUGGCGAUAGAUCACGCGACCCCUCUCGGGCUGAAGCGGAGAGGCGCCAUGGGCGGAGGCGGCGAGUGCGACGACGGCAGUGAUACCCGGCGGUGGCCGCCGUGGCUGAGGCCGCUGCUGUCCGCGAGCUUCUUCGUCCAAUGCAGGGUCCACGCCGACGCGCACAAGAGCGAGUGCAACAUGUACUGCCUCGACUGCAUGGGCGGCGCGCUCUGCGCGCUCUGCCUCGCCGCGCGCCACCGCGACCACCACUCCAUCCAGGUCAGUGGAGAGCCUAGCGCUGUGCGCAGACUGGUGCAGUUCGGCAGUUCAGGCGGCUGCGUUCUCGUUCCCCAGUGCCUCUGCCUCCAGCACAUUUCAUUCCCCUCCGUCGCCUUCUCCAUCCGUCUCUCUCUUUGCGUGUUCGUGUUUCGUUUUUGUUUCUCUCUUCAUGACAACCAACUGACUAGCUCAUGGGCAUGCGCUGCCGUCACGGGCUGUCCGUUCUUCCAUCAGAUACGGAGGUCGUCGUACCACGACGUGAUCCGGGUGUCGGAGAUACAGAAGGUGCUGGACAUCGCCGGCGUGCAGACGUACAUCAUCAACAGCGCGCGCGUGGUGUUCCUCAACGAGCGGCCGCAGCCCCGCCCGGGCAAGGGCGUCACCAACACCUGCGAGGUCUGCGAGCGCAGCCUCCUCGACUGCUUCCGCUUCUGCUCCCUUGGGUGCAAGAUAGUGGGCACGGCCCGUGGCUACCGUCCUGGGAAGAAGAAGCACGGCGGCGGCGGCGGUAACAAGAAGAGGGCGUCGCCGGCGCCGGCGCUUAAGGACGUGCGGUCUGACUCGGAGGACUCGUGCACCAGCACCAGCGGCGCCAGCAGCGACAAGAGCAGCGUCGUGCAGAGCUCCCCUCCGCCGCCGACCUCUGCCAGCCACCGCCCCCCCGGGAACAAGCGCCGGAAGGGCAUCCCGCACCGGUCGCCCUUGGGCAGCCUCAUCGUCGAGCUCUAGGACUCUUCGUCAGCGCCAAGGCAAGGCAACGCACUCUGUAUACAUGACAUAGCCCCCCGAAGAGAAGGGAAUAACAAACAGUAAGCCUCUGGACGUGGAGGGCGAAGGGCGACAGCGGUAAGCCGUAAGAUCGGACAAUCCUUAGUUUUGCUUCUUCUCAGGUUUUGUUUUGCUUUUACAGUUACUAGCAGUGGUACCAUCAGUAAGAUAACCGCGACUAAGUUUUGCAGCCUUGUACAUUGUAAUAUUAUUACUAUAGACCAUGACUCUCCGAUGCUUAGAUGUAUAUAGUAAUAGUAUCAGAACGUGGGGGUAGCAGUCGAUCGGCAGCGAGGUGUUCGUCGUAUGUGCAUCAUAAGCUGUAUGUAAUAAAAAUAAGAAACGCUGCUCCAGAUCCUACUGUU